AUGGCGGGGGGCAACCACAACGAAGGAUGGGUCGACGUCCAGAAGAACACCUUCACGCGCUGGGCCAACACGCACCUCUCCAAGAAGCGCAUGGACAUCAAGGACGUCUACGAAGACCUCAAGGACGGUCUGCGCCUGAUCGCGCUCCUGCAGAUCGUGAGCCGCCAGCAAGUUGCGCCGAAGUACAACAAGAACCCGAAGAUGCGGAUCCAAAAGCUGGAGAACCUCAACCUCGCGUUCAACUUUAUGGCCCGCAACGGUGUCACGGUCACCAACAUUGGCUCGUCGGACAUUGUCGACGGCAACAGCAAGCUCGUGCUCGGGCUGCUCUGGACCAUUAUCAAGGCCUACCAAGUCAGCGACAUCGCCGUUGACGGUGUCUCGGGCAAGGAUGGUCUCCUCCUCUGGUGCAAGCGGUCCCUUGCGGACUACCCGACGGUGGAUGUGACCAACUUUACGUCGAGCUGGACGAACGGUCUCGCGUUCUGCGCGCUGAUUCACAAGCACUACCCCAACCUGCUCGACUUCGAGUCGCUCUCGCCCGAGAACGCCGAGCACAACGUGUCGCUUGCGUUCACGCUUGCCGAGACCAAGUUUGGCAUUCCGCAGCUCCUCAACGUCGCCGACGUCGCCGGCAACCCGAAACCCGAUGACAAGUCGAUCUUGACAUAUGUUUCGCUGCUCUUCCAGGAAUUUGCCUCGGAUAUGCAGAAGAAGAAGGCCAUCACGACGAUCUGCAAGGCUGUGGGCAUGUCGCAGCGCAUCAACGAGCUCAAGGGCCACUACGAGACCUCGGCGCCUCAGCUCUUGGAAUGGUACACGGCCAAGAUGAGCGCGUGGACCGCCCCAGAAGCUUCGGCGCCGCUUGCCACUGUGCAACAAGCGCUCACGCAGUUCAACGAGUACAAGCGCACGGAGCGCCCUACGUACGAAGCGGCCUUUGUCCAGCUUGAAGGCUGCGCGGGCCGCUGGAUCGCUGCCUGCAAGAACAACCACCGCCCGGAGCCGACGAUGUCGCCGUCGUUUGACGAUAUCGCCGCGCUUCGCAAGACGAUGCAGGAAAACGAAGUCGCGUACGAGACGGCCCUCCGCGCGCAUGUCUUUCACUGCCAGCAGAACGAUGCGAUCAUGAACACGGUGCUCUCGGACUUGGUCAAGCUCGAGACGUGGCUUGACAAGGUCGCCGCCGAAUUCAACGACGAGACGCUUGCCGUGCACAGCUCGGUGCAGGCCGAGGAAAUGGACGAGAGCCUUCGCUUUUUUGAAGAUGUCGAGAUCCCGCGCUACCGCCACGUGCUCGAGAAGGUGCAGGCGGCGGCCGAAGCCCACUUGAGCGAAGCGCUCACGUCGGCGUCCACGACGGAUCGCAUCGCGGCGGCAGAGACCCGCUUCAACGCCACGCUUGAGAGUAUGGCAGCUAACAAGGAGACGGUCGGCAGCGCGCUCGUCUUUCAGCGCGAAGUUGACGCUGUGGCCAAGGAGAUGCGCGCGAGUAUGAAGACGCUCAAGAACCACUUGGAGGAGGUCGACGAACUCAUCGACGACCAGAACAUUCAUGCUGUUGGCGACGGCACCGAGGACGCGCUUGCUGCCAUGAAGGCUGACUUUGAAGCUAACAUCUUCCCCCGCGUCGACGCCGAUGUCGUCACCAAGUUCGAAGCGGACAUUGCGUCGAAGCGUGAGAUCUUGACGCAGGCUAACCGCGAGACGGACCUCGCGACGCUCGAUUCGUUCCAGAAGAAGGUCCACGCGCUCGUCGCCAAGCGCGAUGCCAAGCAGGCCGAGCUCUCGCAGGCCGUCGAAAACGCGCAAAAGCGUGUGACGCUUAGCUUGUCGUUUGCGGCGCUCGCGACGCAGGUCGUCGACAAGGCAGCGCACACGACGUCGCAGAUCAACGCAACGGAAGGCUCGCUGGCUGACCAGCUCGCCAACCUCCAGCGCAUCGACGGCGAAGAGAUGCACGCGUCGUCGCCCGAGACGCUUAUGGGUCUUAUGGAGCAGCUCGAAGCUGUGAGCGACCAACUCGAAGCGCUUCGCGUCUUUUCCAACCCGCACACGUCCGAGACGAUUCAGAGCUGCCGCGCACUCUUCACGGGUGUCCAGUCGGGCUUGAUGGAGCGCCUUCACGCGCUUGAGAAGGAGAUCGCGAUGGACCGUCUUGGCCACAUUACGCCGGCGCAGCUCCAGGAAGUUGAGGAGGUCUUUAACCACUUCGACGUCGACAAGGACGGCCAGCUUGCGCGCGACGAGUUUAUCACGGCGUGCAAGGCGCUCGGGUACGACAUGACGGAGGACGAGUGCCACAACAUGUUCGACGAGCUCGAUACGGACAAGAGCGAGGACAUCUCUCUCCACGAGUUCUCGACCUUCUGCGCCGAGCAGUUGCAGUCGGGCACGACGCAGUCGGACGUGCUGGCGGCCUUCGAGAUGCUUGCCAAGGACAAGACCAUCUCGCGCGAGAAGCUCACAACGCACUUUGAGCCUGCGAUCGCCGAGUACCUCAUCGAGCACAUGCCGCACCUCUUUGAGAAGCAAGAAGACGAAGACGUCGAAGCCCGUGAAGUCUUGGACUACAACUCGUUCAGCGCCGACCUUUUCCAGGGCUAA